AUAAGAGACAGGAAAAGACACACUAGUAGGAUUUUAUGUAUGACAAGAUCUGUUCAAAACUGAUCAAAAGGCAUUUUCUCACACAGUACUGUAGCGCCCCACUCCCUUCUGUAUUAUAGGAAAAUAGGGCGUUUGGGUUCGUGGCUUUAUCUAGAGUUAAAGUGUUAUUUUACUCGGAUUUUAUGGUUUAAUAGAACCAGUCUUUCUUAAACUAUUAAUAACUCCAACCAGACACUGGGCUAGAAUGCGAAAUGUAUAUAUUUUUAAUUAACAAAAUUAAUUUGGUUCAGAAUAAUUUCUAGGCUAUGCAAUCAGUUCCUGUUUUGGUUACACGCAGUAUUUAGGGUGAACAUGAAAUGAAAUACAAUGAAAGUACAAAACUGAUCCCUAUAAGCAGUAAUCAAUUAGCUGCUAAAACCUUGGUUAACGCACUAUAUACAAGUAUUCAUACUACACAUAAACCCAUACAUGAAAUACAUACAUACAUACACAAAAUGCAUAUACACUCAAACAGUGGGCCCACACACACACCAGACACACACACACACACUGAAAAUAACACAUGUUGCAGGCCUGUACGAAGCUGGGGUGCGGUGAGGCAAAACACAAUAACUGCCGCUUCACUCGCAGGAUCAAAAGCUUGGAGUGUUUGUGAAAAGUGAUAAUUGUUAGUCAAAGGCAUGAUGUUUUCUCCUUUGCUCUGUUGUCCUCCAUUGUAUGACUUGGAAGAAAAGAGAGAAUAUUUUUCAGAUGGUGUCUCUGCUUGUCAGUGGAAUAUGCUCUCGUAUUCCAUUUGUCUCAGCUCAUCACAGUCAGAAAGUGUGUGAUACAAGUGAUGUUCUUGAAUAAUAAGAGACAGGAAAAGACACACUAGUAGGAUUUUAUGUAUGACAAGAUCUGUUCAAAACUGAUCAAAAGGCAUUUUCUCACACAAUAAGAAAAAAGGGAUUCUUUUCACUAUCUACCCUGGCAACUCUAUAUGUGUAUUUAAGUAAUCUCUAUUGUUUUCUAUCAGAUCUAAGUCCACUGUAUAAUCAAUUAUUAAGCUAAACAGGUCAGCGAAAUGCAAGUGGAGUGUUCCCCUAUCUGUGUGUGUGCACAUAUAAACACACAGAAAUCUGUUCCCCCCAACUUCUCACACACAAUGCUAGGUACACUGGUUCUGCUGUGGCUUGGGAUCUUUCUCUUCCUCCUUUUCAUUACGAUGAGAAGACCCAAAAACUUCCCUCCCGGACCAACACCUCUCCCUCUCUUCGGCAACCUGUUGCAGUUUAACCCGAAUGCUCCGCUAAAGGAGCUGGACAAGUUGUCCCAGCGUUAUGGGUCUGUGUUCAGUAUUUUUGUCGGUGGACGGCCCUGGGUGAUUUUGUCUGGACAGGAAGUGAUCAGAGAGGCCCUGGUCACAAGAGCAGCAGAAUUCACAGGGCGACCAGAUCAGCUGAUGGUCAGUCACAUUUUGGACAACAAUGGUGUGAUUAUGUCAGCUGGUAGUAAGUGGCGUGAACACCGGCGUUUUGCUCUGACCACACUGAGGAACUUUGGCCUUGGGAAACAUAGUAUGGAGGAGAGAAUCCUGGAGGAGGUCAAACACAUCUGUGAACAUUUGGAAAGACAUGCAGGGAUGUCAAUGGACCCCCAGAACCUCUUCCACAAUGCUGCCUCCAACAUCAUCUGUUCCAUCAUUUUUGGCUCACGCUUCAACUAUGAGGAUGAUUAUUUCCAGACACUCAUCGACAGAAUGCAGGAAUUUAACAAGAUUGUGAUUAGUCCCUGGGCCAUGAUCUAUGACAUUAUACCUCCUGUGAGAUGCCUCCCUCUGCCUUUUAGAAAAGCUUUUGAACACUAUGAAAAACUCAGAGCACAUAUUCUGAAAGUUGUUGCAGAGCACAAGAAUUCCUGGGUUGUUGGGAAGCCCAGAGACAUGAUCGACUAUUACCUGGACGAGAUGUUGAAGGUGACAGACCAAAAAAAACUAUUUGUCCAUAGUAAAAUGGUGGCCCUGCUCUUUGAUCUCUUCCUGGCUGGAACUGACACAACAUCCAACACACUUCGUACACUGUCUCUCUACCUGAUGACCCACGAACAAAUACAGGAGCGCUGUCAGCAAGAGAUUGACAUGGUGCUGGGCUCCCGUGAACAUGUUUCAUACGAGGACAGACACGCUAUGCCGUAUGUUCAGGCUGUGAUCCAUGAAGCUCAACGUGUCAGUGACGUUGUACCUCUAAGUGUAUUCCACACAACCACAGCCAACACUCAGAUCCGGGGCUACAGCAUCCCAAAGGGUACUCUGAUUGUCCCCUAUCUGUCCUCUGCACUGAGAGAGAAGGGUCAAUGGAAAUUCCCUGAUGAGUUUAACCCACAAAACUUCCUGAAUGAUAAGGGGGAGUUUGUGAAGCCAGAUGCCUUCAUGCCCUUCUCUGCAGGGCCUCGUGUAUGUUUGGGUGAGGGGCUUGCUCGCAUGGAGCUCUUCCUUAUUUUAGUCACCAUCUUGCGGAGAUUCCGACUGGUAUGGCCCGAAGACGGAGGUGUGCCAGACCACAGCCUGAUAUUUGGAGGGACUCAGUCAGUCAAACCAUACUGUCUGGGAGUCCAACUCCGACUUUAGAGCAAAAUGGGACUACAAGGACUGCUUGAGAUCAAAACUGAUGUUCUUUACAUAAUCAAAAUUCAUUUACAAGACAUAAAACACAUCUGUAUGAAGCUUGGAGUGUUUGUGAAAAGUGAUAAUUGUUAGUCAAAGGCAUGAUGUUUCCUCCUUUGCUCUGUUGUCCUCCAUUGUAUGACUUGGAAGAAAAGAAUAUUUCUGAGAUAGUGUUUUCUUUGUCAGUGACAGAUACCCUUAUACUCCAUUUGUCUCAGCUCAUCACAGUCAGAAAGUGUGUGAUAAAAGUGAUGUUCUUGAACAAUAAAUAAGAGGAAACUCACCUUUA